AUGUCUUCAGAUCCCCAAGCGGCAGCAUCGGACUCUAUUGCACAUCAGCAGGAGCCCUUGAUUGUUAACGGCGACGUUGAAGCUCAAGCAAGAACGAAGGAUAAGGUCUCAUACAGGGCUCUACCCAAUAAGAAGCAGCUUGCUAUCCUUUGUAUUGCCCGAUUGGCAGAUCCUCUAGCCGCAUCGUCUAUCCAGACGUACAUGUUCUAUCAGCUCCGGUAUUUCAACCCGUCUGCCUCUGAAUCUUUGAUCUCUACUCAAGCAGGUAUUCUUGUGGGAUCAAAGACUGCUGCGCAGGUAUGUACAGGGAUGCUCUGGGGUCGACUUGCGGACUCUGAAUGGGGUGGAAGAAAGAGCGUUUUGAUGAUUGGACUAUUGAGUUCUGGUAUUGCAUGCAUUGGCUAUGGAUUCUCGAAAACGUUCGUCUCUGCGGUGAUAUGGCAGGUCUUCGGGGGAGCUAUGAGUAGCAAUGUGGGGAUCGUCAGAUGUGUGGUAGCGGAGCUGAAUCCCGAGAAACGAUUUCGCACACGAGCCCUCCUUCUCCUGCCGCUAUUCGCAAACGCUGGCAUGCUCCUUGGCCCUCUGAUUGGAGGCCUCCUGAGUUCACAACAUGGCGGAGGAACGUUCGAGGCUCAUCCUUAUGCACCUCCCAAUAUCUUCGCCGCAGCUGUGUAUGCUAUUGCAGCGAUAGGGGUGCUCUUCGGCCUGCACGAGACUUUGGAAAGCCUCAAGCACACUGAGGGAAGUCUAGCUCAGCGGGUCUGGAACAAAAUCACAAGUCGGGAGAAGCCAAUGCACGAUUACCAAGCGAUCGACUCUGAUGAACCAGACUCUCCUAUCAAGAUGUCCCAGCUACCUGAGCACAUCGAAUUCCAAACGCCGCCCAAGAAACCAGCGAAGCUGGCAUUCAAACGAAUUUGGACAUGGAACGUCGUCUGCACAAUGAUUGCACACUUCAUUAUUGCUGGACAUAUUGCGACCUUUACGAAUCUCUGGGCAAUCUUCCUCAGUACACCAGUGGAAGCAUCAGAGCACCAGCACCCGCCUUUCCUCUUCAGUGGUGGUCUGGGAAUGCAACCACGUGAUGUGGGAUUCGCCAUGAGCACACUUGGAGCAGUCGGGGUCGUGUUACAACUUGUUAUCUAUCCAAAACUGAAUGAUCGAUUUGGAACUGUCAAUAUCUGGAGAUCAGCGUUGUAUGUGUUCCCAAUGGCGUACGCUCUUGCUCCAUUCCCAGCAUUGGUGGGAUCAGCAAAUCUUGUGAGCGGGAAGACAGUUCUCGUUUGGCUCUCAGUUGGCUUCGUCCUCCUUCUUUUCAUCAUCGGACGCACAGGAGUAACUCCGGCCACAACGUUGCUCAUCAACGAUUGCACGCCUCAUCCUUCCGUUAGAGGCACAAUCCAUACAGCUGGAACGGUAAUCGGGAAUUUGAGCAGAUCAGUCUUCCCGGUAGUAGCAUUUGCCAUAUUUGGAAAGGGUCUUGAUAUCGGUGUUGUAGGACUUGGGUUCUGGUGCCUUGCUUGUCUGGGUGUCUUGGCCUGUGUCGCUAGUAGGUGGGUGACUGAAGGAACGAACGGCAAAGAAAUCGUCCUUGAGGGAGAAGAGCCAGCAAAUCCGCCGCAGUCAACGAAGGCUUCCAGGAAGUGA